AUUUUCAGGAUGUCGUGUUUCGGUGGUCAGUACAAGCAGAUAUAUCUCGCGGAGGUGUUGGUCGAAAAAUUACAAUUGACACCGAACAGAAUAAAGGAGAUUGAUGAUGAAGCCGUGGCAAUCAAAGUCAAGCUUCUCGAUUUCCCUCUGUUCGAGAUGGCACGGGAAGAUUUUGAAUCGUUAAAGAAAUCACCUGCUGUUAUAGACAAAGACGGAAUUAUACGUUUUUCUAUAGGUAGAAGUUGUUUAUUUAUUAGGAAACCGAAAGAUCUCGUAGAAGAACUUCGUACUGCAAGCGUUGGUAUCGGUGUAUUUCGCGUUGGUGAUACUUUUCCUUUGGCGGAAUCCAUUGUUAAAUUAUCCGGUUGUUUAUGCGACCAAGUCGCAAUGUCGACCAACGAUCCCGAAAAUAUGCCGAAGCCGUUUUCCGUCAAAGGUGGUUUUCACUUGUUGGAUCCCGGAGAAAAUCCAUCGGGAGUAUUGGAUAUGGAAUUGAAGAUCACUUGUUUGGGACGAUUCGUAACUACAAAAUACGAGCUUAGACCAAGUUUUUUCGUUUUCAAAAAAGAGAACGACAUGCGAGAAUUCUGCGUUGAACGAAAUAUACCGCCUCACGUACGCGAGGAUUUGCUCAAAGAAGACUAUGCUUUGCCAGAAUCUAUACAUGAAAAAUUUAUGGCCAGUGCAGACCUCAAGGAAUUAGCCCCUGAAAAGAAUAAAAAGAAAGCUAAAAAGAAAGGCAAGAAUGCUCGUAAAUUAGACGUCGAUCUCGUCGACUUCAAAAUUAAUGGCGUAUUUCGCAAUAGAAAGUAUAUCUGUGACUACGUCGAUCUCGUAAGUUAUCCGAUGAGCAAAAAAUCGUGUAAAAAAGGAAAUAAUUCAUUACAACGAGCUUCGUCGUCGCCGCGACUCUCAAUAAACGAUCCAGGUUUUAAAGAUUUAACAACAGCUGAGAAGUUGAACAAUCGUGAGUAUCGUAACCUGAUUUAUAAAGCUUAUCCCAAUGAAUCAACUUGCAAUUGCCUGCCGAUAAACCAAACGCUACAUCCAUUAAUAUGCCGUUCCGGUUGUCAGCGUCUGUGUUGCAUGAAAUUAAGAAAUCCUCAAAAGCUCAUUGUAAUAUGUAAAAACGAAAAUUUACCGUCAGAAACGAAGAAGCAAGAUGAAAUGGAUAAUGAGCGUUUAAGAACCGGAGCGAGUGCAGACGAUCAUUAUACUAAUAACGGUACAUCGGUCGACGUCAACAAUAACAUCGAAUUCACUUGGUACGGUGAUAAAAUCACUAAAGAAAAUCGUUUGCAAGGCGGAGGACACGAAUAUGAUCUACCAGGUUGCGUGUGUUCCGGCGCACCGAGUCUUUACAAAAAGACCGAAGAAACGGGUUGUAAGGCCAGAUUGAAAGGUUUGGAAAAGGCGAAGCCCGGUUGUACCUGCGCAGGACAGAAUCCGCCUAUUCUGAGAAAAGCCAGUCCAGAUUGCAAUAAGAAACCUUGUACAGGCAUUGACUGCAUCUUGCGCGCAUUCAAGGAAGCCCAAGAAUUCGUAGAUUCCUUAGGGAAGGUACCUGGUCUCGAAGGUUUGGGCUUGAUGGACCCUUCGGAAAGCCCUUUUUUUGGCAGAGACAUCAGCAAAGAUUACGAGACCGAGGAAGCACAGGCAGAGAGGAGAGCGCAAGCUAUUUCCUCGCAAUUACCAGUACCGAAUCCUCGUUGCACGGCUCCUUGCAAUCCACGUAUCGGAGCACAUAAGUUUGACACAGGCAUUAGUACCGUUUCCGUGCCUCAUUCAACUUUGACUUACACCGCAGCAACGCCACUAACGAUAGCCGUGCCAGGUCGUACAGGGGUCGUACGCGAAGCUGUACCUGCGCUACCCGAUGACGGUUCGACCAUCGUUUAUGCAAAGCCAAAAAAGAAGGAAGAGAAGAAAGAGGAAAAGGCCGACAAGUCGAAGGAAACGGAGGCGACGCCAACUGUACCUUUGGAAAUUGAUCUAGGUCCUUGCGGUGAACCUAAAUGUAAAUCAAGACGUAAGAAGGGCAUAACUACUGUAGAAUCCGUCGAGAAUGUCGAGUUCUCUCAUAAGAAAUCAGCGACGCAAAUAAAGACUCUAACUACUGGUGCGACAACCCCUCUGACCGGUAGUAAAAUCAGCGAGAAAGGUAAACAUAAGCUUAAGGUCAACUCUGUAAGUCCCUCUGGAGAUCGCUCUAUAAAAACACCGAUAAAGGUCAGUAAACGCGUGAUGCGUUAUGUUUAUUCUAUCGGCGACGUUUAUCCUGGUAUUCAUUACGGUCACAAGAAUUGUAUAGAUGUUCGUAUGAGAGUACCGGCCAAUAUGGGUUGGCUAUGGAACACCAGCAGCACGCUUUACAACUUGAAACCACGAAUCGGCUGGAAACCUGGUGCUAUUGGAAGAUACUUGAACGAAUUGCUUAAAGAGGCAAAAGCUGGAUCGAAAGGUAGACCAAGGGUAGUACCUUUCCGCGCUAGGAAAGGCAAAACCUACAGGAGUAUGAGUUUUACGUCGGUGAAAAAGUUACAAGGAAAGAAAGAGAACGACGAGGAAACGGAACUACCACCGACUUUACACAUUCAUAGAAAAGACGGCACGUACUAUGUCACAAUGUAUCCGAUCAAGCAAGAGACAAUGGACGUACCGAAGCUAGAGCAACCUAUGAAACCCUUGCAAUUUAAAAUCGUAAAGAACAAAGACGACGAAUCUGUGGCAUCGAGCUCGACCGCGUCGGAUAUGGAGAUCGAAUUUUCACCUCCGGCAGCAGUUAAUAGAUAUCGGAAAAAGCCUGACGUCAUUCACAUCGAUACCCAAGUUAAACAGCAAGAUAUACUCGAUGCAUUAAAAAUCACAGAUAUUUCGAAAAAAGAUAAGAAGUUCAAUAAAGGAAGAAAGCUGAGAAAAUGACGCG